UCCCUGCUCCCUCCCUCCUUCCCUCCCUCCUUCCCUCCUUCCCUCCCUCUCCCGCUGCCUCUCCGUGUUUGCGUUUGACAAAGAAAUGAUUUGAACUUCCCGGAGCCGCAGAAAAUCGGGAUCCCGAGGCGCACCCGGGCCCAUAUGGAUGUGAUUUCCCCAGCCCGCUCCCAGAUGAUCCAGCGGCACCGGGAGCUGCGGCGCUGAGCGGCUCCGCUGCCUCUUCCCAUGGGCUCCGCGGCGGAAUUUUGGGAGCUGCCCGCCACUCCAGCCAUGAGAAAACGAGGAAAAGCGCCGGGAUUCCUCGUCAUGUGCCUUUCUGGCUGAAAACUGGGCAGCCCCACGAGCGAGCCCGCGGAUCCCGCAGCGCUGGGGGGCACGGCAGGAAGGACAAGGAGAAACCCGCGCCGCUGGAAUUCCGAGCUCGCCUCCUCCCGCUGCCCGGCGCGAGGCUGGAUGCUGGAAGCAGCCCCUUGGAUAUGGGAUCAUAUCUGGUGUAUCACAGCCUGGGAUUGAUCCUCUGCUGCUCCGUGCUCAGCUCCGUCUACGCGCUGGUGGAUGCCGACGAUGUCAUCACCAAGGAGGAGCAGAUCUUCCUCCUGCUGAAGGCCAAGGCCAAGUGCGAGCGCCACCUCAAAGCCAAGGUGCCCAAGGUGCACGAUGGCUUCUGCCUUCCGGAGUGGGAUGGCAUCGUGUGCUGGCCCGAGGGCGUGCCCGGCAAGGUGGUGGCCAUGCCAUGCCCCGAGUACAUCUACGACUUCAACCACAAAGGCCACGCUUAUCGCCGGUGUGACCUGAACGGGAGCUGGGAGCUGGUCCCGGGCAACAACCGCACCUGGGCCAACUACAGCGAAUGCGCCAAGUUCCUCACCAACGAGACGAGGGAAAGGGAGGUCUUUGAUCGCCUCUAUUUGAUUUAUACUGUUGGAUACUCCAUCUCCCUGGGAUCCCUCACAGUUGCUGUCCUUAUCCUGGGAUACUUCAGACGUUUGCACUGCACUAGGAACUACAUCCACAUGCACCUGUUUGUGUCCUUCAUGCUGAGAGCCGUCAGCAUCUUCGUGAAGGACGCGGUCCUGUACUCCGGGUCAGCCCUGGAGGAGAUGGAGCGGAUCUCUGAGGAGGACUUGAAAUCCAUCACGGAAGCACCUCCAGCGGAUAAGUCGCAGUUUGUGGGCUGUAAAGUGGCCGUCACCUUCUUCCUCUACUUCCUGGCAACCAAUUACUACUGGAUCCUGGUGGAAGGGCUCUAUCUCCACAGCCUCAUCUUCAUGGCAUUUUUCUCAGAGAAGAAAUAUCUUUGGGGAUUCACUUUAUUUGGCUGGGGACUCCCUGCUGUGUUUGUCACAGUGUGGGCCAGCGUCAGAGCCACUCUGGCCGACACAGAGUGUUGGGACUUGAGUGCUGGCAAUUUAAAGUGGAUUAUUCAGGUGCCCAUCCUGGCAGCUAUCGUGGUAAAUUUUAUUCUCUUUAUCAAUAUUAUCAGAGUCCUCGCAACCAAGCUCCGAGAGACGAAUGCAGGGAGGUGCGACUCGAGACAACAGUACAGGAAGCUGCUGAAAUCUACCCUCGUCCUUAUGCCUCUGUUUGGCGUUCACUAUAUUGUUUUCAUGGCUAUGCCAUACACAGACGUGUCAGGGAUUCUUUGGCAAGUUCAAAUGCACUAUGAAAUGCUGUUCAACUCUUUCCAGGGAUUUUUUGUUGCCAUCAUAUACUGUUUUUGCAAUGGAGAGGUCCAAGCAGAAAUAAAGAAGUCAUGGAGCAGGUGGACUUUAGCACUUGACUUUAAAAGGAAAGCCCGGAGUGGGAGCACAACCUACAGUUAUGGACCAAUGGUUUCCCACACCAGCAUCACAAAUGUAGCCACGAGAGGGGCGCUCGCCCUCCACCUCAACACGAGACUGAUUCCAGGGACCCUCAACGGCCACCGGAAUUUGCCGGGUUAUGUGAAAAAUGGCUCCAUUUCGGAGAAUUCCAUGCCUUCCUCCGGCCCGGAGCAGUACAAUAAAGACGAGGAAUACCUGAAUGGCUCCGGGCUUUACGACGGAGACAGACCCACGGUCCUUGUGGAAGAGGAGAGAGAGACAGUGAUGUAAAGGCAGGAGGAGAUAAAGAAUUCAGCCGAAGGAUGGAAAAGGUUCCUGGCGAGCAUUUAGUGGGAAAAGACCAUCAGGCCACGCAGCGGAUUCCAAGGGUUUCCAUGCAGUUUCUCUGUUCUGUGGAAUGAGAGAUUAAGUUAUUUGGGGGGGAAAAAAAAGUGAGCCGCCAACGUGGCCAGCGGGUGAUCCCAUCCCUGAAUUCCGUGAUCCACGUUUUCCUGGUGACAACAAAGCCAGAGCUCUCCAGGCCUGCUGGACACCAGAGAUCCUGGGAGCUCGCCAGGGAGGGCUGCGAAGCCCCACGUGGUCCUUGCAUCCCUUGGAGCGCGUGGGCAGCCGAUGAGGACGGGAGUGUCCCCCAGGAAAGCAAGAGUCGUGCAGGGAGGGUGCGGUGCCAUCGUCCUGGGGGGGGACAAGCCACCCUGGGGGUCAGCGGCUUGGGUUUGGUUUGUUCUCUGCCUGUGGAUCUGCCUGGUGACACACACGGGGUUGGGAAAGGCCCCGCGACCCGUUGGCGAAAGGUCGCGUUGGGUACAACCAAUCCCGUGCCCUUCCUCCCUUGGGAAUUCUCAUUCCUUGGCAAAAUGCUGCUCUGGGGUGGGGAGGGUUAACAGCUCAUGGGUGCAGGCAGGGAUUCUCCUCUCCUUUCCCUGAGUCCCAGGAGCAAGGCAGGAAUUGGUGCAAUUUUAGGGUGGGAAACGCGGCUAUCGGAAUGUGCGACCUUCCUGUUCUUCCAGAGGGGGUGGUGGAGAGGGAACCACCAAGGGUAUGGAGUUGGCAGAUCCCGGGGGAGGGUUUGUGGCUGAAAUCGGUUCCCAGGGUGGAUAACUCGGCCCUCCCUUUCUGCGGGCGCUCCUGCAAAGCGCCUUCAGCCCUUUCUUAAAACUGGGAAUUGUUCCUCACUCUGCCCUCUGAAUGUCCUGUUCCACAGGGUCAUGGAAUCCUGGAAUGGUUUGGGUGGGAAGGGACCUUAAAGGGCCCCUCGUUCCACCCCCUGCCAUGGGC